AUGGGUAGCGGUAGUAGUCGAGGAAAGAAGGUUGUUCCUGCCAGUGUCAACGAGACAAACUCAUUCAAAAGAGAUGACAGCACAGUCCACGUUUUGAAAGAGGAAAGACACUUGUUCAAACCAUUGACGAUACCCAAAUCUACGAACCUAAGUCAGUCACGAAAUAGAGCGCAACAAGACUGCCACAGUGAAGGACACGAUUCGGAAUUUUCCGCAGAGGAUGAUGACAUUGAUGUGGAACUGAACCGAGUUCUAGAGGAAUAUGACAAUCGGGAAUUGCGUUCCAAGAGGAAAACUACUCAAAAGAAGCCUUUCAUCAGGUCGAAGACAUAUGGGUUAUGUCAUUCCAAUCGGGUCCACAAUGACAGCGAUUUCAAUUCAACCCCUCACUCGCAGAGUUAUGAAUUUUCGAAGAGGCCUGGGGCAUGUUGUCCAGAUAACUGUUCUGUUGGAGUCAAGGACAAGAAAGGCAUCCCGGUCUUCGACCACUUUUGCAAAGAUACACAAAUUCAGUUCUCAAGCGGCACUCAGGAAAAUGUAAGAAUAUUAUUUUAUCUAAUUCUGGUCAGUGGUGACAGACAAGGAUAAUCAAAUUGACAGCAUGUUGAUUUAUUAUUUCCCGUAGUGUCAAAUGUUAAAAUUACGUAACCAAUGGCAUGGGUAACAGAUGAAAGCAUUUUUAUGAUAAAGUUCUCUGCAAACUCUAUAUUGUUUUCUGCCAACUCUAUUGUCAAAACUCUUCACAGGACUUGUUGACAACGGGGUCAGUUUGUUUGGAGUCAGCGCCUAGCGCAGAAACAGACUCGUAAGUAGCCUACCUGCUCUUUCAUAAAUAAUUCAUUUUUAGCUCAGUGUCGCACACACACGAUUUCUGUAGUAACUGCAGAUCGGGCAAGAUCAAAUUCACCUUGAGCAUAUCAAAAUACAAAGCCAUUGUGCUUUGGGCAGAUCAGAUUAGUUCCACGUCUGCAAACAACUUGGAAACAAACAGGUGCAUUAUUGUGGCUCAUUUAUUUAGAUUCUUUAAAACAUGGAAAUAUGCUGUAAAUUGUAAAUAAAGAUUGUGAUAAAAUAUUUAAUUUUAAAUAAUUUGGGAUUAGACCUUGGUUAUAUAUUGCCUCUAUGGCGCACUGGUUGAGCCCAUUUGCGCAGCAGAAUUUGGUCCACAGUUUCAUUCAACCUAUUUUCUUUAGGCUAUGUCUGACGCCCUCUCUGCCAGUUAUUUUAUUGUUAUUACAAUUACUGACAUAUCUCUCUGUUCCUCCCCAGAGUCCUGGACGAUAGCCAUGGCCCCUCACUCUCCAUGCCUGUCAUCCUGUAUGAUGGAUCAGAAGUGGACAUGAUGGAGACCAUAGAGAGAGAGUUUAGUUGA